AAACGAAAAGCCUUAGAGCGACGACAGCUGUAUAUAUACAAUAGACAGAAAGAGAGAGAGAUAACACUCCUUCUCGUCCAGUAUUAGGGUUUUGAUUAGGAUCGAGAAAACUAUGUCAGGUCUCCACCGAUCAUCAAGCUCAUCGAAGAACGUCGGAAAGUCUCUCCCUUCCAAGGAGCUUCUCGACGAUCUCUGCAGUCGAUUCGUUCUGAACGUUCCUGAAGAAGACCAACAGUCUUUCGAGAGGAUUCUCUUCCUGGUUGAGUAUGCUUAUUGGUACUACGAAGACAAUGCUGUUGAGAACGAUCCGACGCUAAAGUCUCUCUCUUUGAAGGAGUUUACUUCACUCUUGUUCAACAGCUGUGAUGUUUUGAGACCUUACGUUUCUAACAUUGAUGAUAUCUUCAAAGACUUUACGUCUUACAAGUGUAGAGUUCCUGUCACUGGAGCUAUUAUCCUCGAUGAGACUUAUGAACGGUGCUUGUUGGUGAAGGGAUGGAAAGGGUCAAGCUGGAGCUUUCCCCGCGGGAAGAAGAGUAAGGAUGAAGAAGACUAUGCUUGUGCUAUCCGUGAGGUCUUAGAGGAAACUGGAUUUGAUGUCUCAAAGCUACUGAAGAAAGAAGAAUAUAUUGAGUUUACAUUCAGACAGCAAAGAGUUCGACUUUACAUAGUUGCUGGGGUGACAGAUGAUACAGCUUUUGCACCACAAACAAAGAAGGAAAUCAGUGAGAUUGCUUGGCAUCGGCUUGAUCAUCUUCAGCCAGCAAGUAAUGAGGUGAUAACUCAUGGAGUUGCUGGUCUCAAGUUGUAUAUGGUUGCACCUUUUCUUGCGUCGUUGAAGUCGUGGAUAUCAAAGCAUCCUGCUCCUGUGAAACGGAGAUCUGAUAAGCCCCUUAGAGCACGCAGCGUGUGGAAUGCUAGGACGAGUAGUACUGGAGGAAACGGGACAGCAACAACGGAAAGCUACAAUAAAAAGCAGCCCCAACUAGUAGAGCGUCCUCAGAACACAAAACCUGGAAACAGUUUCAGAAGCUUCAAGUUCAACACGUCAGCAAUCUUGGAAUCAGCAUUUUCAGCUUGACUAGUCUCGGUAUUGGUGGGAGAUAUGAUGCGGUUGGAUACUUGGAAUAUGUUCAUACGCUUGUAUUUUUCUUUUCUUCUUCUUUAUGCAUGUCGGUUCUUUUGGAAAGAAAGGGUUGUUUGUACAUGAUGAUGGUUCGUGGGGUAGGUGGUGAAUCCUUUGGAUGAUGGGUUUUAGAUGAGAAUGGUUGCGACCAGCUACAAUAGUUAAAAGGACUUGUUUAUCCAAUGUAAAGAACUGAUAUCUUCUUGAUAGUGACUGCAAUUGAUCUUUCUUAA